UAUGAUCAAGAAAUUCCUACUCAUGCCUAUAAUUAGCUAUGUUGUUUAUUUGUCAAUUCAAAUUAACAGAAAUGAAACCCAUAUCAUAUCUAUCUUGAAUAUUGUUGCCAACAUGACUGGAUUUUAAUCUAUUGAUAAUACAGCAUGGAUCAUAAUCUUUAAUGUUUUGGCAUUUUCAAUUUUAUUUGGAAUAUCUUACAUCAAUUAUGCAUUAGCCAUCCUACAAUUUAUUGUCCUUUUUUUGCACAUUUAGACUUUAGAUGACUUUGAAAUUACAGAAUUAAGUCAAGCAUUUAAAAUUGUUGCAGCUGAUAUUGCUAUACUUGGUGUAUUAUUAGCAACAAUUAAUUAAAAAAAUUAACAAAAAGUUGAAGAUGAAACACAACCAAAAGAAAAACAAGAAUGAUC